AUGGUAAGUGACAAGUGCGUAGAUCAUGGUGCCCAUGGCGAUCAGCGUGAACAGCGAGGCCGAGAUUCUCCCCACUUUGUCACCAAAGUUGAGAAGACCAAUAGCCAGCGAUCCAAGAACCACGGUGAAGUUCAGCCACGAGAGGAAUGUUCUCUCGUUGGCAAAGAACACCUUAGGCUCGACCCUGGUGGGCAGAGCGAUUCGCUUGCCGGGAGCUAUGUGUUAGCACGGCCGCAACGCGGCUAUCCGCGAUCCUUUCCGGUGACCAAGGCAGAGCUUUCGGAGCAGCUGGACGCGCUUUUCAAGGGCGACGUUUCCGAAUACAUCGAAAACGUGCUGGCCAAGCUGACGCAAACAUCUUCCAAGUACAAGUAUGUUGUGAACGCGCACCUGGUUGAUUCCAAGGAGGCCGACUGCGGCAUCCAGUCAUUUUUCGGUGCCGCGUGGAACGGUUCCACGGACGGCACGGCUACACUGAAAAAAGAGCUGGACAACGGAUGGCUAGUGGUUACCAUAGUUUUUCUACGGCGAGAAUAG